AUGGCUUUCACUGGUAUUGCUGCAACUUUGCUUCCUGAGGGAAAAAAGAUUCAUAAAACUCUAGGCUUGCCAGUACCCCUGUUUUCUGAUUCAUCUUUGAAUAUAAAAGCGAAUUCAAGAAAAGUAAAAAAAAUGAUAAAUACAGACAUUUUUAUUUGGUAUGAAGCACCGAUGUCUCCACGAUAUGAUCUUGAAGUCAUCGAUCGAAAUCUUCGCGACCUUAUGAAAAAUGAUUUGCCAUUCGGUGGUAAAAUUGUGGUUCUCGGAGGACAUUUCAGACAACUGUUGCCAGUGAAAGAAAAUGCAGCUCAGUGCCAAAUUCAUAACUCAUCAAUUAAGUUCAGCGCUUUUUGGACAAAUUUCAUUGUUCAUCAUUUGAUCAAAAAUAUGCGUGCUCUACCUGAAAAGAAAGAAUUCUCUCAGUUUCUCCUCCAAGUGGCUCAUGGAACUUCGAAUAAUUCAUCUGAAACUAUUCAAAUCCCUGAGAAAUAUAUUUCUCUAGUUGAUUCUGAUAUUGUGAGAGAUACAUACAAAACAUUGAUCAAGAGCAAAAAGUUUGGUGAAGCAGCAAAUUACACCAUACUUUCUGCAAGGAACAUAGAUGUUCAUGAUAUCAACAGAAAAGAUUUUGACCUUCUCGAUGAAGAGACAGAACAAAUUUACACCAGCAUAGACAGCACAAAAAUAGCUAAUGAUAAGAGUGAUAUUAAUCACGAAGCUGUAUUACCAAAGUAUUUAAAUUUGCUCAAUCCUCCAAGUUUGUCACCUCAUGAAUUGCGACUCAGGAAGUACACAGUCGUGAUGCUUAUCAGAAACAGGAGUAUAAGUGCAGGCCUUUGCAAUAGAAUGAGAUUGCUAAUUCUUGACAUUAAGUACAAUGCAUUAAGAUGCAAAAUUUUUCAGGAAGCUAGACUGGAGAAGUUACUUAUUUGA